GUCACAUCCGGAGCGUCCCGGUCGCCAUUUCAGUGUUGGGAAGGACCGGAGGAGUGGGUAAUAUGAGUGGCUGCAGAGUAUUUAUAGGGAGGCUCAGUCCUCAUGCCCGUGAGAGAGACGUGGAGAAGUUUUUCAAAGGGUAUGGACGUAUCCGGGAGAUCAACCUAAAGAGUGGAUUUGGAUUUGUGGAGUUUGAAGAUCAUAGAGAUGCAGAUGAUGCUGUGUAUGAGCUGAACGGAAAAGAACUGUGCAAUGAAAGAGUCACAAUUGAACACGCCAGAAAUCGUAGAGGAAGAGGAGGCGCUGAUGGGAGGUGGAAUUAUAUAUUCGAUACCCAAUGCGCUUUGGCUACCGGUCAUGUGGACUGUUAAAGGUCAUGCAGGUAUGGCCCCCCCCUAGUUCGUACAGAGCACAGGAUAAUUGUAGAGAAUCUUUCUUCCCGUGUCAGCUGGCAGGUGAGCAUAAUUCUAACCUUUAAAACUGAACUGUCCAUGAAGAAAAUGUUAUAUACUUUUAAAGGUUAA